CUCGUAAUCUUAUUGAUAAUAUUAUUAUUAUCAUAACUGUUGUUUAUUAUUAUUCUAAAUUCUUUUAAAUGUUGCCUAAUACAUACGCGCUUCUGUAGUUCAGGCCGUUCAGUGUAUUAUAAUCGUAGUGCAUCAAUAUCACAUAUUUACAUGUAGCAGACCGUAGUGGACACCCAUCGCCGAGAUGAAUGUCAAGAAGAAGAUUUUGCCAGUGAUAUGCUUGAUGUCCGCAUACGUGCACUGGAUCAAGCCACGUCUGCUGUCGGCUUCCGCGUCUAAAGGUGGCAAGUCGCUGUUGUUGAACCUUUGUGGCCGUUCCAGGUUUCUCAUACCAUUGAUUGUGUUUACUGCGUUUUGGUUAUUUGACGCUCAGAUGCAGAUUGAAGCUUCCGUCAGUCUGACGCUAAGGCGCAACGUUCAAAUAACUAUUGGUACACCUGAACAGGAACCCGAAGUGGAUGACGAUGAGGACGAUGAUGAUGAUGAAGAUGAUGAUGGUGUCGAUGAUUUGUAUACCAUUGAUACAUAUUCAGACAAUUCUUCUUCUUCUGAUGUCAGCAUGAUUGGAUUGGAAGACAUGCACAUAGCAUUACAGGAGUAUGUUAAUAGUGAUGGGACUCGUGGAAGGUUUGCUAUUAGACAUUCCGUUCAUCACGAUCAUCACGAGCAAUAGAAACAACACCAAGCAAGUUGAAAAAAAAACGGUUUUUUGCCAUCCAAAAGAAUGGAGAAGGUGUAUUUUAAAAAAGCCAUAAAUUAACUACUCUAAAUGUAAUAUAUUUUGUUUAUGUUUAAUAAGGUACUAAAAUACCGUAAUUUUAGAGUUUAAAUAAAUUGCGUAUACACGCGUGUACAUGGGGUUGUAUGUAUAUUCACAUGUUUGACUGUUAUUGACACGCUUCAUAUUAUUCAAUGUUUAUAUUACAUACUUACGUUCUAUAUGUUAAAUAUAUAGUAACCAAUUUGAACCACAUAUUAUACCGGUGGUCUCGUUUACGGUGUUCAAGAAUUAUCUGAUUUUCGCUAAAAAAAAAUAAUAAUAACGAUUCACGAAUACGACGUGGUGAGAAAAUACUUGGAUUCCAUCUUUUUUUUGUUUGCGCCGGGAAUUGCUCAUAUAUUUCCGAGUUUAGUCCCCGAAUCGUGUGACAGACCAUAAGGAUAUAUUUUUAUUUAUUUAUUUUUUUUCAUUCGCAACUUCGGUAAAUAUAAUGUAGGAAUAAUAGACAUACACACUUAUUAUAAUGUUAUAUGUUAAUAUGUUAGUUAGUAUUUAUUAUAGAAUAGGUACGUACAUUUGAUAAUAUCCUUAAUGAGUAUGAUAAUUUCACAAUAAAUAACAAAUUACAAAUUGUUAGAUUUUGAGCACUUACAUUAUAAAGAGUAUUCAUUUUCUAUCGGUAUAAUAGGUGGUUCAAGACAUAAUUUUAAUUAUGAAUGUGGGUGAACAAUGAACAUACAUCAACAACAAUGAGAAGACUGAUGUAAAAACUAUUUUUGGCAGUAUUUAAGAUUUCUGAACAUUAAUUUUUAUCCAAUGUAUGAAAUUGCAAUUAAUUAUAUUUUAAUUUUGUAUAGCAUUAAAAAUAUUAUACAUUACAUAAAUUUAUAUAAUAUGUAUAAUGUGUGUGUGUGUGUUUAUAUUAUAUAUAGUAAGUACUUAUAUACGGUAUUAAUUUAUAGUAUAAGGUUAAUAUAUUUAAAAUUUUUUAUUGUAUA